AUGAAGAAACUAUUCACUUUUUGGAGAAGGAAGGAGGACACACUCUCCUCACAACACUCGGAUCUGCUUCCCAGCAAGGAAUUCAAGAAACUAGCCAGAGCUGUCUCAGUGGGUGACUUUCUGAAGGUGAUGAAGUAUGUCAAGUUCAAGAAAUACGACGUGAAUAUGCGAGACAGUGAAUUCAGAACACCUUUGCACCUGGCCUGUGCUAAUGGAUGUACAAAUAUUGUACUACACUUAAGUAAGAAAAAACUCAAAAUAAAUCUCUGGGAUCAUGAAACAAUAUCCCCACUGACUGAGUGCAAAAGGGAGAUUUGUGCUACUAUCUUUUUGCAGUAUGGUGCUGAUCCAAAUCUGGUGGACUCAAAUGGCAACACUCCUCUUCAUUAUGCUGCCUGUAGUAAAAAUAUCUCAUUAGUUGAAAAAUUGCUAAACUAUAAAGCAAAUCUUGAAGCUCAAAAUGAGGAUGGGUAUACCCCUUUUUUACUUGCAGUUCUAAAAAAUAAUGAAACAAUGGUAGAGUUUCUUCUGCACAAAGGAGCAAAUGUGAAUGCUUCAGAUAAGAAUCAAAGAACUGCUCUUAUGAUAGCAAUAACUAAUGAACCAACAACUUUAUUCAACCUUCAGCAAGAUAAGAUGCUCUCUUGCCAAUAUAUUGAUGAUAUAGCAGCGGAGGGAUAUGCUUCUUUUAAUGACCUUAAUUGCUUUGAAUAUCCAAAGCCAUUCCAAAUACUGCCCAGAGGGGCAAAGAGCUGCUGGAACAUUGGCAGAGGCACAGUGGGCAUUUCUCUCAGCGAAAAGCACCGGACUGCUCCCUCCCUGAUAGCUGACAAGCAGGCCAUGCUUCUGAGGCUGCAGCAGUGGUGGGGGAGCGCGCUCGCUAUGAGAGAGCCUCCGAAAGCUCCCGACCAGGCCAGAGGUGGCCACAGGCAUGUGCAGCUCGGGGGCCUGGGAUUCCAGGGAACUAAAGCCACGUGGUGA